AUGACCGCAUCCCCUAAUUUCGGUCGCGACCAGGGCGCACAGCAGUCUGGGGAGGAGCAGUACAUCUCGACAUUCUUCUGCCGGGCCCUCUAUGACUAUCAGACCUCGGACGCCUCCUCUCUGUCCUUCCACAAGGACGACGUCAUCGAGGUUCUCACACAACUGGAGUCUGGCUGGUGGGACGGACUAUUAGGUGACGAGCGCGGCUGGUUCCCCUCGAAUUAUGUCGCCAUCAUCUCAGACCAGGAGGCGGAGGUGGCUAUCAACGGAUCCGAGUAUGUCACAUCACAACCUCCUUCUCUCCAGGACGACUCUAUGGUGGACAUGGCGCAAUCCAUGUCCAGCACGUUAUCCAACCGUGACGGGGACUGGCUCGAUUCUGAUGUAGAGUAUUCCCGCAAUGCACGACAGCCUGACAGCUAUGUCAAUGGCGUGAACGGCAAGUCUGUUCAGCAUAAUGACUUUUGGGUGCCGCAGGUAUCGCAGGACGGUCGACAUUCUAGAGAUCUGCCACAGGAGAUGGAAGAGGACCCAGACGGAGACUUCGCCGGAUUGGCCUCUUCGCAGAUAUCCCCCCGUGGUGGAUCUAGCGCGGGUUUAGGACUUGCUAACGGCCUAGGGCAGGAACUUGGUACUGCAGCAGGCUUUGGUAUCUCGAAACGCUCACGAGUGCCUGAUCCAUGGGAGGAACGCCUAGCAGACGACGGCCUUUCGUAUUAUUAUGUGAACAAGCUCGAUGGCCAGAUAUCAUGGACCCGCCCGGAAGCGACCGUUCCCAUGUCGCGGGAAGCCUCCUCCAUGCAGCCGUCGUCGAGUUAUUCUUCGCGGAACGGUAGCCUGAACGGUCGAGGCGGUGCGCCCGCUAUGAUGAGUCGCAUGCGCUCGGACUCAUCUGUCUCUGGGCCGCGAGAGCGCUCCGACAGCAAUGCCGAUAGGUACAGCAUCAAUUCGGACGAUUCAGAGGUCUUCCCACAGCGCGCGCGAUCGGGAUCCUCCGCCAACGCGAGGCCUACAAACGGUGCCGUGCCCCGCGCACGAACACCGCGACAUGUCGAGCUCACUCCGCCAGAGCAGCUUGCGAAGGCAUUGCAGCACGCUCUGACACCGCCGGGGCCCGCCUCGCCGGUGGACUUGUCAAACCACGUCCGGGAGGCUAUUGCAGAUAUAAUGGACCACUUACGAUCCGCGCUCUCCCCGCGGAGGCCGGAUCAGUUCGAGGAAAUCGACAAGCGGGUGCAGGAGGUCGUUUCGACGGUGCGCAACCUAUUAUAUGUGACUGCAACCCCCAUUGGCCACAUUCCGAGCAAUCUCUACUUCCGUGAUGGGCGCGACUCGAGGACAUCUACCGGGCAGUCGAUGCAGUCGCACCUCAAGGCAGCGCAAAGAAAGGUCUCAGGCACGCUGUCCAAACUUGUGCUGUCUGCUUUGGCCAUGCAGUACGACCCGGCACUGACCUCCAGCGAUCGGCCGAAUCGGAUAGAGUCGGAUGUCGCGGAACUGGAGCGGGCGGUCGUCACGUUCGUCACGGAGGUGCACGCCUUCCAGGAACAAAAUGCGCCUGCCCAAGGAGGUCAACCGUCGCCGAUCACGAAGCGUCUGUACGGAGUGCUCUCGCCAUCAAACGUUGGGUUGGGUCUGCCGGGAGCUGGAGCCGGUGGUAGUUGGAGGGGCUUUGGCUACGUGCCGCUAGAGGAAACGGAGCAGUCGAAUCUUCAGGCUUUCACUGGGAAUCAGGUGCAGGAAGUGAAGAUUGCUGCCCGGGGUCUCGGGGAUCGCCUGGGUGCCUUGACUGCACUGCUCAAACGUGCUGACUUCGACACAGAACGUCUGCGGCGGGAAUGCCAGUCUGUGAUCGCGCAUCUCUCCUCCAUCCUUGAAUUUGUCGGGAAUAUCGAUGUCGCUCGGCAUGUCGACGUUGAUGGCGUGCGGUUAGAGCUAGGGCAGUCGAUCAUCCAUAUCCAAUACAUGGAGACGGUGGAGAAGGCUAGACUUCUCGUGCGCACUAUGGAGGCUGCGUUGCAGUCAUUAUACGAUGACGGAACCACCCUCCUUCUGGCAGCUCAGGAUCUUGGGCGCACAGACCUCGACGACACCGGUCGUAUAACCCAACGAGAUUACAUGGACGCUUUGGUAGCCGGUAUUAUUGCCAACGCCAAUGUAGCCGUACAAAGCCUCGAAGCCUUGCUCGGGGUCGGCUUCGACCAGUCCGACAUCAGCCAGACAGACUAUGCCAAUUCAAUCGAAUGGCGCAAGUCGCGGCCUGUUGAAAUGCACGGUGAAGAGGUUGUGGAUCUGGAAAUGGCUCUGGGCAGACCGGGCACGCGGGUCACGAGCCCCAUGGAUGCUCACCCAUCCCAGUCAACGCUAUUCUACGAGUCCUCGCAGUCCUCGCAAGCUUCCCUUGACAUGAUGGCGAGGUCACGGUCGGGGAGCGUGGCAGACUCGGCAGCGACACCGACAUGGCCCGCGACCGAGCCGUCCGAAUCUGGCACACUUGUGUCGCAUCCGACGCCAGACCCCGAGCCGCCAGAGCUAGCGGACAUGGAUGAGGACGAGCCGACGUCAGCCAAGUCGCCCCCGCGAUCGGCAGCGGCGGCGAGAAAGAUCAUGAAGAUCCUCGGAGAUGACGCCCCUCAGCAUAUCCUACAGAAGCUGAAUGCGGACUCGAAGCCGUGGUAUCUGCGGCCAAAUUAUGACCAGCUAGAGAUCCUCAUGGAUCCAGACGGUGCUGUGCGCGCGGGAACAUCAUCGGCUCUCGUGGAGCGUCUCACAGCACACGAGCAUGGAGAUCCAACGUUCAAUCAGAACUUCUUGUUGACGUUCAAAUCCUUCAUGACGCUCGACGACUUUUUCGACCUGCUUGUACGUCGGUUCUGGGUACAGCCGCCUGCAAACUUAUCUCCUGCCGAGCUUGAAGAGUGGACAAAGCUGAAACAGCACGUCAUUCGCAUGCGGUGCGUCAGUAGCGACACUGACACUGGACCUCCGGGCUGA